GUUGUAGUGUCGGGGUCCCUGGCACUGCCGCCAUUGUCCAGCGGGAGGGCUGGUCGGGUGGUCUCUACAACGGGCGUGCACUUUAGCUUAGGAAUCGCCUUGGACGUCUGUUGCUGACCUGUUCGCUCGGGAUGGACCCGCAGGAUCAAGCGGCAACAAUGGCGAUGGCCUCGCGGCCGCAAGCAACACAACUUAAGGAGCCGGUGACUUUCCGAGAUGUGGCUGUGGACUUCACCCAAGAGGAGUGGGGGCAGCUGGACCCUUACCAGAGGACCCUGUAUCGUGAUGUGAUGCUGGAGACCUUUGGGCACCUUCUCUCUGUGGGUCCUGAUCUUCCCAAGCCUGCAGUUAUCUCCCAGCUAGAGCAAGGUGCUGAACUCUGGGUCGCAGAGAGAGGAGGCACCCGGGCCUGCCAUCCAGGCUGGAUACUUGGACCUGAAGCCCACACAUCACACAAGGAGCAGGGCCUUCAUGAGAAGGAACUAUCCCCCAUUAAAGAAAGGGAUGGGUUCAAAGUGGCUAUUUCUUGUUAUCCCGUGACAGAGAUAGAUCGGAAAAGUGAUUGCCAGAGGACCAAGAAGGACCAGAGUAACUUAGGGCAAUUGGAAGGCCCCAAGGAAAUAUCAAUUCAAAGUCAAGGCUGUGGAAGUCUUGGACUUGAGGAAACCUCUGUUCUUAGCUUAAACACAGAUCUGUCAUCAGAUGAUUCUAGAGAAGAACUUGGCUGUACUAAUGGCUCACAAGUUAAAAACUCAAAACAUAACACAAGUUUAGUUAGUCAGCACACAGACUCCCUGGCAACACAGCCCUUUGAUGACAGUGGCUGCCAGAAAUCCUUCGAUCAGACUGUGCCCAUUACAGAACUCACAAAAAGUCAGGUUCAAGAUAAACCCUAUAAAUGCACUGAUUGUGGAAAGUCAUUUAACCAUAAUGCACACCUCACAGUGCACAAGAGGAUUCAUACAGGAGAGAGACCUUAUAUGUGCAAAGAAUGUGGGAAAGCCUUCAGCCAGAACUCCUCCCUUGUUCAACAUGAGCGCAUCCACACUGGAGAUAAGCCCUAUAAGUGUGACGAGUGUGGGAAAUCUUUUUGUCACAGUACACAUCUUACAGUCCAUAGGAGAAUUCACACUGGAGAGAAACCUUAUGAGUGUCAGGACUGUGGCAGGGCCUUCAAUCAGAAUUCAUCCCUAGGGCGACACAAGAGAACGCACACUGGAGAGAAGCCGUACACCUGCAGUGUGUGUGGGAAAUCCUUCUCUCGGACCACCUGUCUCUUCUUGCACCUGCGAACUCACACUGAGGAGAGGCCCUAUGAGUGUAAUCACUGCGGAAAGGGCUUCAGGCACAGCUCCUCCCUGGCUCAGCAUCAGCGGAAGCAUGCUGGUGAGAAACCCUAUGAGUGCCAACAGAGGCUGAUCUUUGAGCAGACACCGGUUUUAACAAAGCACGAGUGGACAGAAACCCUCAGCUGUGACCCUCCUUUGAGUCAAGAAGAAAGAACUCAACGGAGUGACAGGCCCUUUAAAUGUAGUCAGUGUGGGAAAUGUUUCAUUCAGAGCUCUCACCUCAUCCGACAUCAGAUAACCCACAACAGAGAGGAAGAACCACGUGGACGUAGCCGAAGACGAGAACAGCCCUGUGGGCGGGGCUCAAAGCUUAUUCGGAAUCCACACUCAAAUUCAAGAGAGAUCACUGUGGCCCAGACAAAGGCAGAACAAGCAAGCAGGGCACUGGCCUUGUUUGACCUUCAUGAAAUUAUGCAGGAGAAAACCCCUGUGCGUGUUAUUGGGGUGGAAGAACCUUCACUGAGCAAUUCUAUGCUAUUUGACAUCAGAGAAUCUACGUAGGAAGGAAACUCUUCAGAAAACUGUUGAGUUACUAGGUACAACAUAAGUGCACACCGUGUUUUGGUGGCAAGAGAAAUGGCAUAAUGUCAGUGGUGACCUAUGACUUCAUAAGGAAGUGGUGCUUCCCAGAUACUUGAGGUUCGUGAUGCUGAAAUGCAUCAAACUGGGCUCCUGUUUAACAACAGACUUUUUCUUUGUUUUUCUGAUACAAGGUCUCACAUGACCCAGGCUGGCCUUGAACUCACCACGUCGAAUGACCUUGAAUUUCUGAUCCUUCUGCCUUCACCUCCCUAAUUCUAGGAUCAUGGUCAUGUGCCAUUAUAUCCGGCAACAAUAGACAUCUUAAGAUGUUUUCUCCAUUACCCUAAAAUGAGUUUACCAGUAAUAAAACCUCUGCACAGGCAUAGUAUGGAAAUAACAUAUGACCCCUUUUUGUAAAACAUAGCUAAUUUAAUUUAUAAUAGAAUGAUAUGUACUGAGUCAGUGUGGUAUCUUGACAUGUCCUUAUGUGGGCCCGUUUUCACCAGGUCCUUGACCUGUAACUUUCAGUCUGCUGCGAGGCAUACUGUUGUCUACAAAAAUACCAUAAGGGACGUUGCUAUGCCCAAAGUGAUUUUGCAGAGUAGUGAUGAAACGCCUAUGAAAGUUUUGGACAAACCAAAAUACUAUUGCAUUUGUGGGAAAUUCUGCCUAAAUCGAAAUAUACACAAAGUAAUAUGUGUUUCUAUGUGAAUUCAACUCAGAAUCUCAGUUCACUUUUCUCACACGUCACACAUGACUCAGUUCUGUACUUCACAGCAUGUGUCCUCUCUUCAGUAAGUCAUCUGACAGAGAAGUGGCCACAGCAUUCUACAGCACUCUCUAAAGGAGUCACAGCUCCUCUGUAAGCCAGUACCUUGAGAUACUGCUGUUAGUCAGAGGUACCCAUCUGCAAUAAUUUGUUCUCACAGGACAUUUAGUAAUGUCUGGAGUCAUUUUUGUCACUGCAACUUGAAGGAUGCUACUGGCUUUCGUGUGGAGGCUAAGGAUAUUGUUCAACAUAUUUAUGUGCCCAGGGCAGCUCCUCAAAGAAUUUUCUAACCCAAAAUAUUAAUAGUACUAAGGUGGAGAAGCCUUGAUAUAAACUUGACCCAGAGGGUUGGGGUAGCUCAGUAACAGAACACGUUCCUAACAUGUAGAAGGCCCUGAGUUCAUCCCCAGUACCAGAGACACGAACAAUAGCCCACCUUUUCUAAACUGUAAAUUGAACAAAGUUGUAUUAACAAUCAUGUGUUUGUUCUUAACAAAUAGAGCCAUGAGGGGCUGGAGAGAUGGCUUAGGUGUUCUUCCAGAGGUCCUGAGUUCAAUUCCCAGCCGCUACAUAGUGGCUCAUAACCGUCUAUAAUGAGAUCUGGUGCCCUCUUCUGGUCUGCAUGCAUACAUGCAGACAGAACACUGUAUACAUAAUAAAUCUUUAAACAAAUAGAGCCAUGAAUUUAUAUAUACAAAGUAGUGCUUAGUAAAUCUUUCACCAUUUUUGCCAUGUUUAUAUUUAUGGUGAAGAAUCCCCUUAUCUUUCUGUGUAGUCUUUUAGCACUUACAAUGGAUAUUCUAAAAGAUGAAUGAUGUUUUCAUUGGAUCUCCCACCCAUCUCCUCACCCCAUCCCUCCCUGUAUUGUUUUCACAUCCAUCCCAGAGAACUUUUUGUUCAUCUCUCUGCAUAUAUUUCCAAAAGGACAAAGCCAUUUACAUAAUCACACUAAGCCAUCUUCUUUGGGUUUUUGCUAUGUUGUUUGGGUAGUGCUUCUGGGCCAGAAUUUGAAUGAAAGCAGUGUUCUGAGGUUAUUGACUAUACUCCUCUUAACUAGGGCAAAAAUAAUAUUAGGAAAAGUUAUUCUUUUACAUCUCAAGAAAAAACAUAUUAUAUCUAGCAGAUACCAUCAAAUAUCCAGUAUUAAGAUGUAUCUGGUUGCUUCAUAAAGUUUGUAUUUGUUUUAUUCUAACCAUGAUCUAUGCUGUGUGUUUGGUUUCUUUCUUAAAUCUUCUAGUUGUGCUGUUUCUUAGUCUUUUGUUUGUUACUUGAGUAACUUAAAUGUUCUGAUCCAAUCCAUCCUCCUCGCUUUUGAUAUGGUGGACUGACUUCUGGUUUGGUCUCAAACCACUGAGCUUGCUAAAGUGUGGGUUGAAGCAUAUGGUCACGUGACUCCCUUUGUUCUCAAAGCUCCUCUCCCCAUCCCAAACUUUGCAUGAAGUCUCUGCAAGAGAACUGUUGGAAGGCUUCCUCUCUUCCAGUCCCUCGAAAGAAUUACCUGUGCUCCCAUUUCCUCAGUGCCAGCCUCCACCUCGGGCCCCUCACCCGCUGCUUCACAAAAUCUGUUGUGCCCACCACUGGGUGCUGCCAUCCAUCUCCACGACCUCUCACCUGAGGCUGCUGGCAUCGUGGCAGCAGGCUGCCCCCUCGGUUCUGAAAUGCAUAACCCUAUUCAAGAGCUUCUGGUCUUCUCUUUCCCACUCCAAGGGUUGGGGUCGUCCCUGGUGAUAUGGUCUAUGGGGCCAUGCCUACACCUUCCCCAGGUAGCAUCCACACUCCUGGCUUUACAUUGUUUGCCCUAUUUCUGAGUCUCUGCUUUUGACUUCCGAGAUUCAGAUGUAGACAUGACUGUUGGCUCCAUCAGGUAAACCAUGAACUCAUAUACCCAGCUUACCCUGAAGAAAACGGCCCUUUUCUAUCCAACAGUCUGCUUCCCAACCCCUUUCAUGGAUAUCACUCUCUCCCAUCCCAUCACUGAAGCCAGAAAACAUGCCUUUGACUCUUCCUCUUCAUCAGUCCUUUAUCAUAUAAACAUCUUCAUCCCAGCUACCACUGACAGCGCAAACAGAUGACAGGGAUGGCACUGCACAAAAUGACCUGCCCAAGAAGUGAACCAGACUCUGAGAAAUAGAAACCUGCCUUUACCUAUAACUCCUUAACUGCUCCAUCAAAUGUUUAGUCUAGGUAAAGCAAAUGAAAAUGGGGGGGAGACACCAGCACUCAUACCAUAAUACCGAUACUCUGGAAGCCAGGUGUCGUACUCAUCACCAUGACUCCAAAACCAGUCCUGUUUCUCAUGGUGGAUGUUGUAUGGCUGAGUUAUGGCUUAGUGAAUCAGAACAACCAACAAUUUUCAUUUUUCAAUUCACAUCCAGGAA